AGCACUGAAUUCUGGGUUGUUGAUGAUGAACCUUACGCGUAUGCGUGCCUUCCACCUGGAGAACCGCUUGAUGCGGCUGCACAAGGAGUUCAAGGGCCGCAUUCCAUGGGUUGACCAGGACCUGUUGAACAUCGUGUUCGCCCGAUAUCCGCUAGGGUUAUUCACCUUCACGUGCCGCUGGAACUACCGUGGAGACCACUGCCGCGGCGACGCCAUAUGCGCGGACGGCCCAAUCGCAGUGGUGCACGCCUCACGCAAAAUGCUUCUAAGCAACCCAAUGCCGGCCUUUGUCACUCUCCAUCGAGCUAUGCGGGACUUCAAGCUUGGACAAAAACUCGUGGAUGACUUCAUUCUUCCUCUCAACAAAAGCCUACAGAGGACAACUUUGACGGCGUGCACAGAAGCGUUAAGGAAGGAGCUACAUUCGCUUCGGCUGUCAGCAAGUCGUGUGGACAACAUAACUGCCCAAGCUGCGUCCGCGAGCGAAACGUAGUUGCGGAGGGCAUCUCCACGCGGCUGUAGUGACGUUUCCUGGUGGCGGCGUUGUGUCACACA